GCCCGCCUGACCCCCUGCCCACGCGCACGCGCACACGCACGCGCACGCACGUGCCGCGCGCCCAGCCGCUCAGCAGCACGGGAUCCCGCUCCUGAGAAAGCCCGAGGGGACUUGCCGCCUCCCUGGAAGAGUCGCAGAACCCAUCCACCAUGAGUGAGAUUCCUAAGGACUCCUUGAAGGCUGUUCUGUUGGAAUUAGAAUGCCACUUUACAUGGAAUUUACUUAAGGAAGACAUUGAUCUCUUUGAUGUGGAAGAUACAAUUGGGCAACAGCUUGAAUUUCUUACUACGAAAUCCAGACUCACUCUUUAUAAUUUAUUGGCCUUUGUGAAACACCUAAAAGGCCAAAAUAAAGAUGCCCUGGAUUGCUUGGAACAAGCAGAAGAAAUAAUCCAGCGUGAACACUCAGACAAAGAAGAAGUACGAAGUCUGGUCACUUGGGGCAACUACGCCUGGGUGUAUUAUCAUAUGGACCACCUUAAAGAAGCUCAGAAGUAUAUAGAUAAGGUAGGGAAUGUCUGCAAGAAAUUGUCCAGUCCUUUUAACUACAAGUUGGAAUGUCCUGAGAUUGACUGUGAGAAAGGAUGGGCACUCUUGAAAUUUGGGGGAAAGUAUUACCAAAAGGCUAAAGCGGCUUUUGAGAAGGCUCUGGAAGUGGAACCUGACAAUCCAGAAUUUAACAUCGGCUAUGCCAUUACUGUGUAUCGGCUGGAUGAUUCUGACAGAGAAGGGUCUAUAAAGAGCUUUUCUCUGGGCCCUCUGAGGAAGGCUGUUACCCUGAACCCAGAUAACACCUACAUUAAGGUUUUUCUGGCACUGAAGCUUCAAGAUGUACAUGCAGAAGCUGAAGGAGAAAAGUACAUUGAAGAAAUCCUGGACCAAAUAUCAUCCCAACCUUAUGUCCUUCGUUAUGCAGCUAAAUUCUAUAGGAGAAAAAAUUCCUGGGACAAAGCCCUUGAACUUUUGAAAAAGGCCUUAGAGGUGACACCGACCUCUUCUUUCCUGCAUCACCAAAUGGGACUUUGUUAUAGGGCACAAAUGAUCCAAAUCAAGAAGGCCACACGCAACAGACCUAAAGGAAAAGAUAAGCUGAAAGUUGAUGGGCUGAUUACAUCUGCUAUAUUUCAUUUCAAGGCAGCUGUAGAACGAGACUCUAUGUUCGCAUUUGCCUACACGGACCUGGCCAACAUGUAUGCUGAGGGAGGCCAGUAUAGCAAUGCUGAAGACAUUUUCCAGAAAGCCCUUCGUCUGGAGAACAUAACUGAUGAUCACAAACAUCAGAUCCACUACCACUAUGGCCGCUUUCAGGAAUUUCACCGUAAAUCAGAAAAUACUGCCAUCCACCAUUACUUAGAAGCCUUAAAGGUCAAAGACAGGUCUUCCCUGCGUAGCAAACUGACAAGUGCUCUGAAGAAAUUGGCUACCAAGAGACUUGGUCACAAUGCUUUAGAUGUGCAGAGUUUAAGUGCCCUAGGGUUUGUUUAUAAGCUGGAGGGCGAAAAGAGGCAAGCUGCUGAAUACUAUGAGAGGGCCCAAAAGAUAGAUCCAGAAAAUGCAGAAUUCCUUACUGCUCUUUGUGAGCUUCGACUUUCCAUUUAACUACAUACUCCAGAAAAUCAGUUCUAAAGCUCUUCUCUCUAUUUUGAGUUCUUAUAUUUUAGUUUAUGUUUUAAUCCAUUGUUUGUUACAGAGCCAAUUUUUAUUGAAUGGUUAUUGUGUACUAGGCAUCCUGUUAAAUACUUUAUAUACAUUAUAAUGUAUCAUUUACUGUUUUCUAUUUUUUUAAUUGAAAUACUAUAAUCCAUUAAGAAACAGCAACAUUCCAACUGUUGUGACUUUUAAAAAUGGCAUGGCCAUUAUGACUUUAUACCCUUUAUCUCUGCUAUUUAUAAUAAUUUUCUGAUUAAGUUUUGUCAGAUUUCUCAUACUCACGCAGUGAAUAUAAUCCUACAUAAGCCUUUGACACCUGGGUCAGGAACACUCAGGAGUUGAAAAAUUAGUUAAGCUCUUAAAUAUGUAGUUUGCAAAAGAUGGAGCCUUCCAGUUAUAGAUGUUCUGACUUUGAUGAGGAUAUUUAACUAUCAACUGAUAGUCACCUGAAGAAUCUUUUAUUGGAAGAAAACAGUUCAUAAUAAUAAAAAGUUUGUCAUUUCUGAUGACUUCAAUAAAAGAAAAAACUAGAACAUGAGAAAAAAGAUUUCUUUAGGGACCCAUGAGAAAUUAGAAGUAUUACCUCCCAAAAUGUUCAUUAAGUAGCUAGAAAUAGUUAUGAGAAAAAAAUGAAUGGAAAACCAUUAGUCUCAAGUUUCUCUGGUUCUUUUAACUAGAAGAAUAAACCUAAACUGAACCUAGAUGGAAUUUUUUCCAAUUAGAAUUGCAGUAUUUUUAGGUUAAAAUCAUUGAGAUAGAAAGCAGACCAGUUGAGAAAUUGGGGGGAAAACGGUAAACAGAUGAGUAAAGUAGAUGUCUCUAACCUGCAUUUAGAUUACCAAGAUUUCAGUGAUUUAGUUUUGGGUCUGGAAUGGGUAAAGUUCUCAUACCCUCCAAUUUCUGACCUUCGGUUAAAUGUUUUAGUAUUCCAGGUUACUUCUGUGAAGCUUUUUAUUUUGUCUGAAGUUUUCAGAUUGACAUAUUUUCCUAUAGAUCUUCUAGGAAAAGUUAGGCCCUGCUUUCAGUUUAAAUAUCUACCUUGAAGGGUCACUGCUUAAGGGCUCUUUUCCCAGGAGACUCUUUAAAUUGAGACGUUGCUAAAAGUGGCUUCUCUAAUGUUUCUUUGGUUGUAGACUACACAAUUAUAUUUGCCACCACAGUAUUAGUGGGGAAGUGUGUCAUGUGAUUUGAUUUUCUAUACCUCCAGUGUAGCGCUUAAAACUAAUGUGUAUGUGUGUGUGUUUUACAUUUUGUUGCUAUUUUUAUUUUUUAAAUUUCUAUUACAGUUUUGAUUAUUAUAAAAGUAGUGAAUUCUCAUUGUAAAAUUUCAAAUAAUGCAGAAGUAUAUGAACUUAAAAGUAAGAGCACUCCCCUCACCCUACCCCAAUUCUACACCCCCAAGGUAAACUGUUAACGAUUUGAUAUGUAUCCCUCCAGAUAUUUUUUCUAUACAUAUUCAAACAUACAUAUAUACUGCAAUGUAUCUCAUGAAUUAAAUUUUUUAAAAUGUUAA